AUGACGCAGUACCAUAACCCCUACUCCGAUCAGGUAGUCGUCCAUACGAUCGUUCAGGUAUGGACAACAAUCAACGCUAUGAUCGGUACAUGCGGCAACAUCAUGAUCAUCGCUGCCGUGAGUCUCCAUCACAAACUCCGCAAUAUCGGCAAUGUGUUCAUCAUCAACUUGGCUCUAGCUGACUUGGGUGUGUCCAUUGUGGUCAAUCUCGCCUCCGUCGUCGGAAGCAUUACCAACGAGGCAGGGUUCUUCUUUAAACACGACUGGUUGUGCGAACUGGUCGCCGUCAUAUGCAUCGUAACUUGUUCUUGUUCCCUGUGGAGCAUCGCCACCAUUGCCUUCAACCGUUACGUUUGGAUCUGCCACUGGAAUAACUACCAUCGAAUCUUCAACCGCCGGACGGUUCCCCUCAUUCUCCUCAUUGUAUGGGGUAUCGCCUUCCUUAUCGACCUCCCAAACAUCCUGGGAUGGGGCGUCCACGAAUUCGACUGGAAGGUGAUGUCUUGCACCGGAGGUAUGGCUUUUGUUCAUUCUUACGCCCUCUUCUUCGCAUCGACGACGUUCGUCCUACCUCUAUUUAUCAUCACAUACAGCUACGUAGGUAUCUUCCGCUUCUCCCACAGAGCGUCAGCCGCCAUUCGUCGCAUGCAAGAAAGCGCCAGCAUCGCACCGGGCGUAUCCACCGUCGACCACAGCCGCUUAACGGUGCGGUUGCCAACGCAUGCAACCAAAUGCGGUGCUGCGCGUCAACUCAGCACCGCCCACACGGCACAAAACCGUUUUAACCGCGGUGCACUCCGGGGAGCCAGCGCGAGCGACCUUCGUCUUGCCCGGUCCAUAUUCAUCAUCGUCAUCAUGUACCUUGUCAUGUGGCUGCCGUUCUCGAUGACAAUACUCUUCGAUACACAGAAGGUGGCCAACCGCAACAUCUACCUCUUCACGUUCACGUUGGCGCAUAUGAAUAGCAGCGUCAACUGCGUGAUCUACGGUGCAACCAACCAGAAUUUCCGCCGCGGUUAUAUUAGGUUCUUACGGUUUAUGAUGUGCAAAGCAAAGCGGUUCAACCCACUCACGUCAACCUCCAUGAAUAUGGCGGUAAAGCGAAAUGGUCGAGUGUAUCCACUUUCUGAAGGAAAGGAUGAUACACAGCAAGUUAUUAUUUCAGCUUAG